UUUGAUGGCUUUUAUCUUUUCUUUAUUAAAAAACAACCAAUCGCUCAGCGUGCUUACAAAGUCAUCCUAACCACAUUCCCCUAUGAAUUCAAUGCCAGUCUAAUGGAUGCCAAGAUACAAGUGCAAAACGCUACCUCCAAUACCGGUCUCAAUGUGGUGUUCAAUGUCCUGGAAGACAUUGACGAUAUCUCGCUCUCCUAUAGUCUGGCCAUUGAGGGUGAACAACCCAACAACUAUACCACCAUGUUGAGUCAAAAGGUUGAAUUUUGUAAAUUCCUACAACAGCGUAGCAUUGAUGGAGGUCUGCAUAAGAUCUAUGAGGAUAUCCUGAAGCAGGGCACCUUCAUCAAGACGUGUCCUAUCAAGAAGGGAAGUAUUUACUCGAUGAACGAUUAUCAUGUGGAUGAAGAAUUGCUACCACAAUAUGUGCCGGAAACUAACUUUUAUGUGGACAUUCAAAUGGAUAAGGGGGCCAUUGGUGGCGGCAGUGUGGUGCUACUGAUGAAGGGUCGUCUUCAGGGGAAGAUUGAUAAAUCAAAGGGUUUUAAUAAUUUGAAAAUGUUUAGCAUGGGCUAAACGGGAAAAGUCAAAGGCUGUUGGGAAUAUGCUGCGUAUGGUAAAGACGAUGCUGUUGAAGUUGAGUAUAUGUGGUAAGAAUAUGUAGAGGAUAAUGACUAAUGGAUUCAUUGACUGCUCUUGAAGUGCUUCAAAAUAAGGAUUUAAUGAUUUCUAUACAAUAUUUAUGGGUGUAUGCAUGUGUGUGU